AGAGAGUAAGUUUGGAUUAGAUAUUAGGAAGAAAUUCUUUACUGUGAGAGUGGUGAGGCAGUGGAACGAGGUUACCGGAGAAGUUUUCAAUGCUCCGUCCUGGGAAGUGUUCAGGGCCAGACUGGAUAGGGCUCUGAGCAACCUGGUCUGGUGGAAGGUGCCCGUGCCCACAGCAGGGAGAUUGGAAUUAGGUGCCCUUUAAAGUCCCUUCCAGCCCCGGCCACUCUGCAGCUCUGUGAAUUCUAGUCCUGAGCUCUGUGCUAUGGGACAGCUUGGUACAUGUCAGGGCUUGGGUGCCAAAGGGCUGUAAUGUUAGUAAACAAGGAUAUGUUGCAGGUGGAAGGCUUUAACGUAGAAAUAGAAAUGUGUUGUGUAAUUUUAAGGUUUAUCGAGUGGAUAUUAAGUCUGUGAGCUCUGAGGUAACUGGCCUAGGUAGCUACUAGUCUAGAUAGAGCAUUAAUGUGACAACUGCCAAGCAACCCAUAACUUUCGGGCAGGAUUAUGUGUCAAUUUAAGAUAACUAUCCCUGCAAAUUUACUGUAUGGACACAUCCUAAACCUUUGGAAAGCUUGCUAGAAUGGAUUGUAGACAUCCUUUCUCGAUACCUUGAUCAUAUGGGAAGACAUAAAGAUUGGAAAGUUUUUCACUAAGCAAUGAUCCUGGUGCAGUGGAUGCUCACAGAGCACCAGGAUAAUCUUCAAGGGUGGAUGACAGAACCAACCAGCUUUUCUACAGGUGCAGAAGAGAAAAAAGAGAGUGUUCCCACACAGCUGAUGAAGCAUAAAAAAGAAGUUGGUGUUGCUUCUGAGGAACUUGGCUCAGCAAAUGCAGCUGCAGACCAGAAAGAGCAAACUACAUCAGAAAUAAGACAAGACUGUGUAUACAGAAGUUGUGGAAGACAUGAGAAGGCCGAUAUGAUUAAAUUUCUUGUGAUGGAUCAAGAUGCAUCCAGAAACUGUGAACUAUAUGUACCUGUAUCUAGUAACCAUUCAACAGUGGAGUCAUCUGAGGAGAGUGAGGAGGACAUGUAUCGUGAUGAAGAAGAAAUAGAGAGAGAGAAAAUACUACUUUGUGGAACAAGCUCAUCAGAGCGUAAACUGAGUGUUUCACCUGAAGUGGACAUCAUGGAUUAUUGCAGAAAGGAAUGGAGAGGAAAUACACCAGCAGCAAAAAGGAUGAGAAAGGGAUAUGAAGCAGUUGCUCAGAAGUUCGCAUCUAUAAGGAGAAUACGAGGUGAUAACUAUUGUGCUUUCAGAGCAACUCUUUUCCAGGCAUUAAGCCAAGCUACACAGUUACCAAUGUGGCUGCAGAGUGAGAAUUUUACUAUGCUUCCGGAAAGCUUGCUGAGCAAGUAUGACUGGAUCAAGCAGUGGCAGCUCAGACAGAAACCCGGCAAGAGGAUGGGAGAAAUAAGUGAUGAAAUAAAAGAGUAUUUAAUACUUCUAAGGAAAAAGUGGAAGAAUAUAAGUGAAAUAAAAGGUCCCCUUGAGAAACAAGAAGCUUGUGAUGAAUUGUUUAAAAAUGAAGAGGAGGAGUAUAGUCUCUAUGAAGCGCUGAAAUUUUUGAUGCUUAACACUGCCAUUGAAUUAUACAACGCUGAUAAAAGUGGAAAGAGAGUGCCUGUCUUCUCCUGGCUCCUGUUUGCACGGGACACAUCCAGCAACCCUUGUCAGUUAAUGCAAAAUCACUUGAAUCAUAUUGGUCACAGUGGAGGCCUUGAACAAGUGGAAAUGUUUCUUCUUGCUUAUGCUUUGCAGUAUACCAUCCAGGUGUACCGACUGUAUAAGUACAGCACUGAUGAGUUCAUCACACUUUACCCCAAUGACCCAGAGGAGGACUGGCCUGUGGUGACUCUCAUAACUGAAGAUGACAGACAUUACAAUAUUCCAGUCAGAAUGUGCCAAGAGACGAUGCUGUGAACAAGUAAUUUUUGUCAGACAAACCUGUGCUGGUUAUAGAGGUUUCCUAUGCUGUUUCGAAACAGGACAAUGACAAAAUCCAUAUGAUUAAAGUAACAACUAGAAAUCUGUGUUUCCCAAGUUGACAUCUGAAAUAAAAUAUCAAAUAGUAAAAGUAUGGCAAACAUGGCUUUGUUCUGCAGUCCUUUUUUGAAGGACUUACUCUGAAUAGAAUUGCUAAAACUACAGAUUUAUUCCUUUUAUUUCUUUUAGUGAGGCUCUGUGGUAAGACAUGAGCUAACUUUUUGUUCCCCAAAAUAAUGACAAUUGAAAUUUCUGGGAAAGUAAGGUGGCAGUGUCUUGGCUGAUAUUUGUAAUAGUGCUUAGAAGCCAUUUAUACAAAACUAGGUCUUGGGAAGUAAUACAAUUCUUUUACAAUUGAGAUUUAGUGCCUGCCAUGGUUUAUUCUGUAAGAGAGAUGUUACUUAAAGUUUUCUAAUGUUUUGGGUUGUUUUUUCCUGCAUAAGUGUCUCUUAUUUAGAACCCAGUUGUCUGUUACACUGAAAAUGAGCUGCUCUUCCCCUUUCAGCCCAGAGGAGAGUAAUGUGGCAAAUCUGAUAAGGGAGUAUAAAAGUUGUUUGAUAGUCAGUCACAAAGUCAAAGACUACAGAUAAUUCCCACUUAAAUUAUAACAGGUGAUAGGAGAUAACCACAUGCCUGUUAACUUUCACGUCUGUUCCUGUAGUGUUAAUCUUUUCUGGCAUCUGCUCUGGAGAACAUGAGGAUUUUAAUUUGUCCAGAGAGUUCAGUAGAUGGAAACAAACUUUUGGGGCAGCUUACUUCUCCCAAGAGUGGAGAUAUGAGAGGUUGUGUUUCUGCUUAGUUAUCCAUUGUGCUUUAAAACUGAAAGAAUACAGAAUGUAUCAAAUGCUGAAAGUGCUGACAAAUCUUUAUUAAAAAGUUAUUAAAUAAUGAAGCAUUCAGCUUUUAGGUUCAAGUAGAAGUAUGUCCUAUAGAUGACUUUUGGAACAAGAGAGUGAAAACUGAUUUAACUGUUUGGGUUGUACACAAGUCUCUUAGAAGGCCUACAUAUGUAAACAGGGUAAGGUUAUAAAAACUUUCCAUUUGAAUAUUCUGGAGAAAGCGGCAUGCAAAAUUCUUCUCUUUUAGUUGAAAUUAAUUUGGUAAGUAUUAUUGUGAAACGUAAUAUACACAAUAAAAAUGUGUAUUCACUAUGAUCUAAAAUGUGUUUUUAACAAAAUAAUGAGGCUUAUCAUGUACUCGGUGUUAUAUUUGUCAUGUUUUCGUUGCCUUCUAAAUCAGUUUGUUACUGAAAAUGUCUGGGAGCUACAAGGGAAUAAAAAUAAACUUAUUAAAUUCA